CUAGAGGUCACUUGACUCUAAGCAGUCACUACAAAACAGAGAGCACGUACGAUUCCUUCAUUUUUGUUCUCUGUUUCAGUUCAGUUUAUUAUCAAGCGAACACUAAAAUUCUAUAAAAAGAUAUUAGAUUAAAAUGUUACGGAGACAAGCACGACUUCGAAGAGAAUACCUUUAUAGAAAGUCCGUUCAAGAUAAAUUGAAGAGUAUUCAAGAGAAAAAGGAUAAGUUGAAACGUAGUUUGGAAGAAAACAUUCCAAUUCAUCCAGAUUUACGAAAAAGUGCUUUAUCGUUACAACAAAAGAUAGAAUGGGAAGAUUUAGGACCAGAAUUAGCAGUGACUAUGAGUACAGAAGUAGGUGGAACUGUAGCUUCCCACGAGGAUGACGAAUAUCGUUGGGCAGGAGUUGAAAAUCCAAAAAUCGUUGUUACAACUUCUCGUGAUCCUAGUUCAAGGCUUAAGAUGUUUGUGAAAGAAUUACGUUUAAUUCUACCUAAUUCGCAGAGAAUGAAUCGUGGUAAUUAUGAAAUGAAACAAUUGAUACAUGCGUGUCGGGCAAAUGAUGUAACAGAUUUUGUAAUUGUUCACGAACAUAGAGGCAUUCCGGAUACUCUUGUAAUAUGUCAUUUACCUUAUGGACCAACUGCAUAUUUUACUAUAUCAGAUGUUAUUAUGCGACAUGAUAUACCAGAAAUUGGAACUAUGUCAGAAGAGUAUCCUCAUUUGAUUUUCCAUAAUUUUAAAACAAAGUUAGCUAAUAGAAUAAUGAGUAUUCUCAAAUAUUUAUUCCCUGUUCCAAGAGAAGAAAGUAAAAGAGUUAUUACUUUUGCCAAUCAUGAUGAUUAUAUAUGUUUUCGCCAUCACACUUAUAAGAAAGUAAAUGGAAAAGAUAUUGAGCUGAAAGAAGUUGGACCAAGGUUCCAAUUAAAAUUGUAUGAAAUCAAAUUAGGAACAUUAGAUGCAGCCAAUGUUGCUGAUACGGAAUGGGCAUUAAGACCAUAUAUGAAUACCACGCAUAAAAGAAGAUUUUUAUCUAAUGACGAUGGCUGGCAACAGGAGGACGAAAUUUAA